UAAACCACCGGAGAACCACGAGGUUUUGGCGGCCAUGGCGACCACAACCCAACUCUUGUCCUCAUCUCUGCUUCAGUCUCAAAUUACCAGAAAGCCCCUCCUUCUUCCUCCGGCAACGACCUCCCAUCGCCAUGGAUUCUCCGUGCGGAUGCCUUCAUAUCUCUCGUCUCGCCCUUUAGUCUCAGCUUCGGCCGCUUUUCCGGCCGUCGGCGUCGAUAAACCGGAGGCCUCCGAGAAAUCCUCCAAAGUGCUGCCGUUUCGAGUGGGUCACGGAUUCGAUCUUCACCGCUUGGAGCCUGGCUACCCUCUGAUCAUUGGCGGAAUCGAUAUCCCUCACGACAGAGGUUGCGAGGCUCAUUCCGAUGGGGAUGUGUUGCUUCACUGUGUAGUCGAUGCGAUUCUGGGUGCGUUGGGGCUUCCAGAUAUCGGUCAGUUAUUUCCAGAUUCAGAUCCCAAAUGGAAAGGAGCUCCAUCCUCUGUAUUCAUCAAAGAAGCUGUGAGACUGAUGGAGGAGGCUGGAUACGAGAUAGGGAACCUAGACGCGACAUUGAUACUUCAGAGGCCGAAGCUGAGUCCGCACAAGGAGACAAUCCGCUCUAAUCUCUCCCACCUUCUUGGAACAGACCCUUCCUUUAUCAACUUAAAAGCUAAAACCCAUGAAAAAGUCGACAGCCUCGGUGAAAACAGGAGCAUUGCUGCUCAUACCGUCGUUCUCCUCAUGAAGAAGUAAGUCGAUUUUUUUAACCCCCUUCGUAAGCAACCUUUUUUUUCAAAAUUCUCUCCAGAGGUUUUAUAAACAAAAGUCUGAUGAACCAAAAUAGAGUCUCUUUAUGUCAAUAAAAGUAGAUGUAUUGUCAAGAACAGGAGAGAACUUGCUAAAGAUUUAUGUGCUAUUUAAUAAAUAUGUGGCUUCUCUAUCGUA